ACCCAAGCGUCGCCGGUCAGUCGUUUCAAAUAAGUUGGAGGGUGAGCUAGUUCGGUCCCCUUCUGUAUUAACAGGCAACAGUCCUUCGUAUACACCACCCUGUUAUUGUUGUGCAGUGCUUGUUGUCUGCCCCUUCCGUCGUCGUGGUAGUAUUAACAAACAGCAACAACUUCAAUUAGAAAAAGUUUUCAUUCAUCGGAAGGAAGUCGGCAUCAGAGGACACCAUAAGACAUGGGGAAAAAUAAAAUGUAUAUUGUGUGAACAAGUGCAACGCGUUGCCAUUGCAAUCCAAUUGAAGUAAAUUAAAACGAAAUCACAUUAAGACGGAGAGGAAAAGAAAAGGGGAGAUAAAAUGGUUUCGCAGAGCCAUUCAGGUACCAAAGACAAAGUCCAGAGAACGCCAGUCGUUAAGAAGAUGCAAUCGUCUGGCGUCGUUGACCACAGGGCGCCGGAAAGGGAAGCUCUGAGGAAUGUCAUUGCACAGUGGAAUGCGAAUCGACUGGACAUCUUCGAAUUAUCAGAACCAAACGAGGAUUUAGAAUUUCAUGGCGUGAUGCGAUUUUACUUCCAAGAUUCUGGACAGAAAGUGGCGACGAAGUGCAUCAGAGUUGCAUCGGAUGCGACCGUUGAAGAUGUGAUCGGAACUCUGAUAGAGAAGUUCAGGCCAGAUAUGAGGAUGCUUUCAGUACCAUCGUACGCACUCUUCGAGUUGCACGAACAUUACCCAGAGCGAAAGAUGUCUCCAGACGAAAAACCCCUACUGGUGCAGCUCAAUUGGCAUGUCGACGACCGCGAGGGCAGAUUCUUGCUCAAGAACGUCGAUGACAAAACGUCCAGCGCAGUCGGCCUAUCCGAGGGUAACUCAAGCUUCCGGCGGAAACUCUCCAAGAGGGAGAAGAAACAGUUGAAGAAGCAGGAAAAGCUGUCGCGUCUCAAGAAGGAGAACGCGGAAAACGACGACGGGGUUGCCGAAAAACUAUACACAGAGUUGCCGGAAACGUCAUUCACGAGGUCGAUUUCUAACCCGGAAGCCGUUAUGCGACGACGGCGGCAACAGAAGCUCGAGAAAAAGUUGCAACAGUUCCGGUCGAAAGAUGGCGGGCCCGAUACUGGAGGAACUUUGAAAAUAUACGGGGAAGCAUUAUGCAAAGAUGUGCCUUAUAAAACAUUGCUAUUAUCAGUGAGAGAUUGCGCUGGAUCCGUGGUUCGGGAAAUGUUAGAUAAGUACGGUAUGAAUCAUCUAGAUCCCUUGCAUUGGUGCCUAGUUCAGGUAACUCAGCAGCCAGGUGGCACUGACAUCGAAUACGUUCUCGACGACGACGAGUGUCCUCUAUCGAUACUCAUGAACUCGCCCAACACUAGUUCCAUAAUGUUUCACGUGAGACGGAGACCAGCGGAUUGUGCCCCGCGUAAACGAAAGAAGAAACCGGGCGCAAUGGGGACCAACAACAUAAACAUAAGGGACCAGAGGAUCGAGAGUAUACCACUGUUAGUUGAGCUAGGCCCAGACGGCUCACCUCCACAUCCCGGAGACACCUCCAGAACGUUGCGAUUGAUGAAUGAAGUCAUGGAGGUGGGUUCAGCGAAUGGGAUUGCUUUGCAAUUGUAUGGACCACAUAUACAGCCCAGACAUUGUGUCAUUGCGAACACCGAUGGUUUGACAUCCCUAACUCCAUGCCAUGCGGACGCCCAUACAUACGUCAACGGCCAGCGAAUUCAUCAGACCACAAUCUUAAAUCAUGGCAACUUGAUCAAAUUCGGAAAUAGCAAUACUUAUAGGUUCAUGGAUCCUAGUCAGGAAGAAAAUACGCCGCGCAGGACUUCUGUUGGCGAUAAUUCAAGAUACGAACGGUCCCCGCACGCUAUGAGCCCCACUGAUAGUCGCGACAAUUUCGAAACUACUUUCGAUUUAGAAGGCAAUGUGGAAACAAUUUCCACAGCAAGCGGUUCCAGAGACGAUAAGUCAAAUUACGAGGCUCCAGCUAAUCGCGAAAACAGCACCAGCGGAAUUGAAAGGUAUUCACGGGGACAGGAUCCAAUCCUUCCGGCAGUUCUUGAAUUCCCCGAGGAACCACAAGAACAAUUCCUAGCAAGAGUGAUCACCCAUUUGGACGUCAACACGCCCACAUUCCGAUUAGCUCCUGCUUAUACAUUGUAUCUUUGCGCGAGGUACCGGGCCUCCACUCAUUACCGUCCAGAGUUGACGCCCACCGAACGGGCUCAUAAACUAACACUUCUUCUCCAACAUGCCGCAAUGCUCGUAAGGCAUACAGUGCAGGAUCGAAGCACCGAAAAUAGUUCUCAAGCCUUCUGGUUGGCGAACGCAAGCGAAUUGCUUCACUUCCUGAAGUCCGAUCGGCACGUUAGCGCGUUUUCGCUGCAGUCUCAGGACAUCCUCGCUGAUUCAGUGCAACUCUCUUUCAAGAAUUUGGUCGCUUGUUUCACAGAUGACCUCAACACUAUAAUGCCUAACUUCAUGUCCAUCAUUCCGGAUGAUCAUCCAAGCGGAAUGAUCAACGUUUUGAGUAUGGCAAUGAACCUGCUGCGUAAAUGUCGGGUGAAUGCUGCAUUAACAAUUCAACUGUUCUCUCAACUAUUCCACUGGAUUGCGGCGAAAUCGCUUUCAAUUGUCGUUAAUAAUCCUCAUUUGUGUACUCGCAAUUUCGGAUCUACCCUGUUUAACAGACUAAGGAAUCUGCAAAUUUGGGCUGAAUCUCAGGGUCUUGAAUUGGCAGCCGAAUGCCAUUUGGCUAAAAUCGUGCAAUGUGUCCAUCUUCUACAGGGACCAAAAAUGACUGCCGAUGAUUUAGCUAAAAUAUCUUCAACAUACUUCAAAUUAAAUUCUUUACAGUUGCGAGCUUUGUUGACCCAAUAUAAAUGCGAAAAUGGCGAACAAAUUGCUUCUCCGCAGUUGUUAGAACAAGCAGCCAGAGCAUCUGAAGGAGUUGCUGACGAGUUGGCGAGAGCGGAAGGCAAGGAAGUGAGAUUACAUGAGGAUCCUGCUCCGCCUCUUCAGUUGUUAUUGCCGGAAGAUGGUUUUAGUUGCGAUGUCGUUCAAGGUGUUCCUACUGGACUUGCUGACUUUUUGCUACCACUGCAAGCAUCAGGUUUGUGCCGCUUAGCUGCCCAACCGACUAGCUCUGGCCACUGGACUGUCUACAUGUCACCUCAAAGACCCGCAUCCGCGAUGAGCUCAUCUCAACCUGAGGUUCAAAUAAUAAAGUUGCAUAAAGCUGGAGGUGGUAUGGGACUAUCAAUAGUAGCCGCGAAAGGGGCAGGCCAAGAGCGUUUAGGUAUUUACAUAAAAUCCGUGGUGCCCGGUGGUGCAGCCGAUAGAGAUGGAAGACUGGCAGCCGGCGAUCAACUACUCUCUGUCGAUGGUCACUCUUUGUUGGGUAUAACGCAAGAAAAGGCAGCCGAGUUUUUGGUUCGAACAAGAAGUAUAGUGACUUUAGAAGUUGCUAAAGGUGGGGCUGUCUAUCACGGAUUAGCAACAUUGUUACAACAGCCCAGUCCGACUCCACAUAGAGCUGCUUUGGAUCGCGCAUCCUCGCUUUAUUUGCGGCAAAACAUCUCGCCACCGCCGAAGAACUUCGUGUUUUUCAAUUCCGAUGAUAGUUUAUACAGAAGCGAGGUCAAACGUUUAGCGGAAAUUCCGCGCAUUGAAAUUCAAGAUGUGAAUCAUAUAACGAUUCCACCGCAGUUCACACUUGAAGUGACAGAUUACUCUGAAGACAAACCACAUUUACCAAAGAGCUUUUCGCUGGAUGAAGAACAAACAUCAAACUUAUUGAAAAUACAACCAUUUUCUAAAUCUCUUCAAGAUAUAUCUAGUUCCACGUCGACUCUCAGCAGCCUUACCUACAACUCCAAUAUUGAUUUAAGCAAAAAUGAGUGUAAAGACAGAUGUUGGAGAUCACCUUCAGGCAAAGAACUACAUCCAACCCAAUCGAAUCUAUCGAUUGUGCGUAGUUAUCCAGAGUUGAAUGAGAAAAACAAAAAGGAGAGUAGAUCACGAAGUGAGGAAACAGUCAAACUAACUGAAAAUGAAAGAUUGGAGAUAAUUAAACUUCUUUGUGAUUGGGAUGCGCAGAGUUUCGACGCCUCCAAAGAAAUGUAUUACUCGAUGCCUAAUCUGGACGUUAGUUUAGAGCACACAGAUGAAUUGAAUAAAUCUUUUUCUGAAGAAAAUGUUAACAAGAAAAAAAUCGAAGACGAUUUUAUGCACAAAUGUAAAUUUUCAAAUUGCAUAUUCAACUAUGAAUCUACCUUAGGGACCAACGAUUCUACCACUGCACCAAUUUAUAGUAGCACCGAUGAAUUAGGUUAUAAUAAUAACAAUAACCAUUUUGGACCAAAUUUUACUGUGAGGAAGUGCUGUUGCCUAGCAACAGACGAUUGUCCGAUAUUUACAAAAUAUUUUUAUUGGAAGGAUGCAGGACAUGUGACACAAGUUGGCCGUCCUAGACGGAUGUCCGAAAGAGACUUGCCAUCAAAAAUUGACAUGGAGAGGACGAUUUUGUCCUCGAAAUCGGUUCCUGCUUUACAUCAUUUAUCACCUGGAAUGGAAUCUAGACCAAUAGCUCACGAUAUAUUCAAUCCGGGUUAUAGCCGAACUUCUUCUAACAAUAGUAUCAACACAACGUCCGCCGCUCAAGCUCCUCCUGGGCCGCAGGGAGUCAGAAGCAGAUCGACGCACAAUUUGCAUCAUCAACAAGAUUCUAGUUUCUAUCAAAAUCUCAGUGUUUAUAGAAACAAAAUUCCGCAACAAUUAGAUGACAGAUCUUCUGUAUUAAGAAGUUCUCAGAAUUCUCUUCAAUCCAAUACAAUUCAACAGCAGCAACAUCAACAGCAGCAACAGCAACAACAUCAGCAGCAGCAGCAACACCAAAGGCCAAUUUCUGCCUGUUAUUCAAAUACGACAACCAACUCUCGGGCUUUGCAUCAAUCUGUGCCAAACCUAAAGAACCAAAUAAAUCCGCAAAGAAUACAUAACGACGGAUCAAAUUCUUAUCCGAAUGUAAGUCAAUACCCACCACAAGCUUACCAACAACAUGAACAAGAGGAGAUGAACAACAAACAUUAUGGAAAUAUACCGAACUACAUUCCACGUAAUAGUGAAAUGAAUUAUCAUCACAUGAAACAGCAGCCUGUGGUACAACAGGAUUAUGCCCAUUACCCGAAUGAUCAAGGUUUCAAAAGAAAUCAAGAGGAUUAUUAUAAGAAUGUUGUUCCUGAAGAUGGAAUCCGUUACGCCAGUAGCGGAAAUAUUAGAAUGCCUGAAUGGGUGGGCGAACCUGAAAAAGUUGUGAAUAAUAAUUUCAGAGGACAGGCGAAACUCGCGGAAAUGGGAGAAGAGGUUAGAAGGCGCCAGCAGUUAGUGAAUAAACACCAUAAUACGGAGAAUCAUUUGGCACAAAGCACGAAAAGUUUACAAAAUCUACACAUAAAUUAUAGCAGUUCACCGGCCAUCUACAAUAACUAUCCAAAAUAUCCACCUGUAGCACCAAAGCCUCUGAAAAAAGCAGACGAGCAACCACCUGAACUACCGCCUACUACAACUCAUCCAUUAUACUUAGCAAGUGCGCAAGAGCCUCCAAAAUUGAGCUACAUGCCGAAUCAAAGUAUUCCUAAUACCAAGCAAGCUCGGGAUCCGUGGAUAAGAGAAGAACAGGAGCGACAAGAACAAUAUAGAAGAGAAUUGAGCAGACAAUGGCAAGAGCAGCAGAUCAAAGACCUGAGUUCAAUAUCUCAACGAACUGUACAACAGGAGGAACAGCUGCGCGUUCUUCAGUUCGAAAGAGAAUUCCAAAGAAGGGCCCAAGAGACAUCUGAAAAUGAUGAUGAAGAUACGGAAAAGGGAUCACCGACAAUUUCUCAUUCGGUAGGCAAAAUGGAGGCACCGCCAUUAUCUAUAUUAAAGGGAGGUGUUGUCUUACAAAAAGAAAUUGCUGAAGCGCCGCCCCCGCCUGAACGUGGAUGCAGCUAUGCUGUAAUGUCGAUGAGAAACAAAGAAGGAACUAAGCGGGUUUCAUUUAAUGAUCCGUCCCAGCAGAUGACGCAUCAACAAAUACAGCAGCAGCAGAUACAACACCAACAAGUGCAGCAGCCACAACCGUUCCAACAACAAUCACCACCAGAUACUUUAGACUUGGAGGAACGCAGAGAAGAUCCAAACCUGUUCAUACAGCAAGCCGAAUCAAUGUUGGCAUCACCGACGAUGCCUAAUGAAAAUAUGUCCAGUUUAAGUACAGCGACGCCCGGUGUUAUUGGGGCUCAGGAAGUGUAUAAAGAUCCAAGAACACGUCGUUUGGCAGAGCAGGCCCAAUUGAAGACUCCAGCACCCAUACCUGAAAAACUCACAUUCAAAGAGAAGAUGAAGAUGUUUGCAAUGGAAACGGGAGAACAAGAAACUCCCAAGGACAAGAGUAAAAUUUCAAGGGCCCAAAGAGAUAUCGACAAUUUGGGAUCGCCUAAUCCCAGCAUGGUCCAUUAAAUAUAUAUAUAUAUAUAUAUAUACAUAUAAAUAUAUAACACACACAUAUAAUUUAUAUAUGUAU